AUGGAAGGCGACUUCUUCCUCACCGCCCCAUCGCUCAAGUCCCGUGUCAACGGCAACCGCCAGCCCCUUUCGGCGCUCCGGGCCCUCCUAGACACCCGCGGAGAUCCCGAGGCGCCCGAAUGUGCCCGACGCGCGCGGCGGCCAAUAAAAGGCUCCCGGCUGCUGCUGCUGCUGUCCUCCUCCUCCCACUCGGCCCCUCACCUGCCCCGCAUGAGCCGGGCUCGCAGUCCCGCUCUCGCGCGCACCUCAGCGGGUCAAGGCAGGCUGUCGCAGCAGCAGCCGCCGCCGCAUCGCUCCCGCUCUCUCUCUCUCCUCCCCACAACCCGCGGCGACUCCGGAGAGGGAGGCGAGCGGACACCCGCCGCUGCUGCUGGGCCUCCUCAAGCCCUCACGCAAACAACGCGGCGGCGGCGGCGACGCCACCCGGACCUGCCCGCCUCAGUCCAGUCUCGACGCGCAGGCUCUCCCUCCCCGCCAGCCGGGCUGUUGUUGCUCUCGCGGCGGCUGCCGAGGGUUUUCCAUGACUCCGCCGUGCCCUCCUCCGCUGACUAA